ACCGUUAUCAUGCGGCAGAAGGUAAGCCCGCUAGCGGUAAGCGGCCGAGGUUUGGCAGUGCGCCUGUGAAAUUAUGACGGCAUAGUCACUCUCCGCAAUUAAUCAUCACCAAGAUACAUUAUUUAAGCAACUUGUCUACCAAAGGGCGUUCACGAGAUAUAAACCCGGUAAACUGAGCGUACGAUCCAGUUCCUCAAUCCUUCUUAUGAUAGCAUCACAAUUAGCUUCUCAAAAUGUUUGACAACUUUGAACCUUUCGCAAUCAAGACAAAGUCCAACCCGGACAUUACCAUCAACGGCCUGAAAAGCGGCACGCCUUCGUCAAAACCCGCUCUUCUUCUUAUUCAUGGCUUUCCUCAAACACUACACAUUUGGCACCGUGUCGCGCCUCGGGUCAUCGACAAGUACAACGUUGUAUUGAUCGACAUCCGAGGGUAUGGAAAGUCCUCCAAGCCUGACGAUGUAGCUUCGUAUGCAAAGAGCGCCAUGGCGAGGGAUUGUGUCGAUGUCAUGGAUGCUCUUGGCCAUACUGGAUCUUUCUUCAUCUGCGCUCAUGAUCGCGGCGCCAGAGUCGCGCAUAAACUCGCCGUCGACUACCCCAAUCGCAUUCGCAAGUUCAUACUACUCGACAUCUGUCCUACACUAGCCAUGUAUACCAAGACGGAUUUCGACUUUGCCAAAGCAUACUUCCACUGGUUCUUCCUCAUCCAGAAAGAACCUCUCCCCGAGACACUCAUCACCGCGAAGCCUAGAGAGUUAGCGGAGAUGUUCAUGGGCGGCCGUCAAGGCGAUGGGUUAUCCAUCUUUGAGCCAGAGUGUUUCGAGAUCUAUGCCAAGAAUUUGGAAGAUCCUGCGACGGUUCAUGCCAUGUGCAAUGAUUAUCGCGCGAGCGCGACGGUGGAUCUAGAGGAGGCGCGUGAGGAUCUGAAGCAAGGUCGGAAGAUUCAAAGCCCUUUGCUUGUGUUAUGGGGAAAGCAUGGGGUGAUUGAGAAGUGCUUUGAUGCUGUGAAGGAGUGGAAGGAUGUUGCUGAUCCUGGUGUACUGGUCGAAGGUCGAAGCGUUGAGUCGGGCCAUUAUGUUCCUGAGCAGGCGCCUGAUGUUGUAGUCUCCGCGAUUCUAGAGUUCCUCAAUUGAUCGCUAGAGAGACCGUGAGGAUAGAUUUAAUGAUGACAUUUUUAAGAAACAAAGUACUUGUCCAUUCGCGA